ACCCCCCAAUUAGACAUAUGAUAUGUUUACCCUUAAAAAAAAAAUUAAAAGCCCAUCCCGAUGCACCUUCUUCUACACACUAAGCAAGCACCCUUGUUCCCCUUGAUCUCAGUUUUCCUCCUCCAUCCCAACAAUGGACCCCCUUCCCAACGGCAACAACGUAGCAGCAGCAGCAGCUCCUCCAUCUUCUUCUUCUUCCAAACUGACGGAGUCCUUAAAAUUAGAACAUCAGCUUCUUCGAGUCCCAUUCGAACACUACAAGAAGACCAUCCGUGCUAACCACCGCCUAGUCGAGAAAGAGGUCUCCGCCGUCAUCUCCGCUUUACCACACUCCGCCGAUCAUGACGACGCCAUUCACCAUCUCAAUUCACUUGUUUCCAGAUUACAAGGCCUUAAGCGGAAGUUGGAAGAUGGAAGUAGGGCUGAGCGUCUUCAAGCGCAACGGUGUCGGGCCAGACUUGAUCAUUUGGAAUCAGCUGAUGGUGACAAUAUAUCGGAGUGGAAUAACACGCGCUUGAAGCGAAUUCUGGUGGACUAUAUGUUGCGAAUGUCGUACUAUGAUACUGCCACAAAGCUUGCUGAAAGCAGUAACAUUCAGGAUCUUGUUGAUAUUGAUAUCUUUUAUGAAGCCAAAAAAGUUAUCGAUGCUCUUCAUAAUAAGGAGGUAGCUCCCGCUUUAGCCUGGUGUGCUGAUAACAAGUCCAGGUUAAAGAAAUUCAAGAGCAAGUUUGAGUUUCAGUUAAGACUUCAGGAGUUCAUUGAAUUGGUGCGUAAUGAAAAUAAUGUUCAGGCAGUUAUUUAUGCGCGGAAGUACCUUGCGCCAUGGGCGGCUACAUAUAUGAAAGAAUUCCAGAAAGUUUUUGCCACACUGGCUUUUACAAGUAAUACUGGAUGCGAGAUAUACAAGGUUUUAUUUGAACCAAAGCAAUGGGAUUACUUAAUGGAUCAAUUCAAACAAGAAUUUUGUAGGCUAUACGGCAUGACUCUGGAGCCUUUGUUGAAUAUUUAUCUCCAAGCAGGCUUAUCCGCUCUGAAAACCCCAUUCUGUUAUGAGGAUGAUUGCACAAAAGAAGAUCCUUUGUCUCAAGAAAGCUUCCGGAAACUCGCAAUGCCGUUGCCCUUCUCAAAGCAACACCACUCAAAGCUUGUCUGUUAUAUAACGAAAGAGCUAAUGGAUACAGAGAACCCCCCACUUGUCCUGCCCAAUGGCUAUGUUUACAGCACUAAGGCUCUUGAGGAAAUGGCAACUAACAAUAAUGGAAAAAUUACCUGUCCAAGAACAGGCUUGGUUUGCAACUAUACUGAAGUCACCAAAGCAUUUAUCUCAUAAUAUGCCUACUCAUCUAAGUAGAGGUAUGCUGCAACCCUCAUUUCUAUUUAUUGCAUAUAUACAUUAUGUAUGUAUAUAUAUGCUAAUCACCUUCCGUCUAUCUGUCUUUGUAAUUGCUGUUUGUACCUAAAUCAACCAUAAAACUUCCCUUCAUUGGAACCGUCUGUUUGAAUGUCCAAAUGUACAGUUUGUUUUUCAGUUACUUGAAAAUAUAUAUCUGUUUGACUUCAAUCGUGUUUGGUACAAAAGUUUAUCAUAUUGACAUGA